AGCUGUUAGUGUCUGCAGCUUGCCUCUACAAUGAGCAAGCACAGAUCUUGUGGUUUGAUACUAUCCUCCUUUCCACCCACCUUCCAAAUGGCCAAGUUCAUUUUCUUUGGUCACUAAGUCUCUCCUUUCUCCUCCCCUGUAUAAAUUCCUUCCAAAACCUUCUUUCUUCCAUGCCCAAAGCCCCCCCAUCUCUCUCUUUCUCUCGCUCUAGCUAUAGCUAUAUCUGUGCAUCAAAAAUUAUAUAUGGCCGUCUCUAUGUCAUCAGGGCCGACAUUAUCUCCAAGAAAGCUUAGGAAUGAUGUCUACUCCUAUUCAUACCAAGAGGAUUCCAACAUCCCACUGGUGAUUUCAGUUCUUGCUUCUCUGAUAGAGAGAACCAUGGCCAGGAAUGAGAGGAUAGCGAAGAAUUGUUGCUGGGCUUUGUCAAGAAACAAGAGAUCAAUGCUGGUUUUCGAUAGCAGUGAGGCUCCAGACUUGACAAUUCAAUCCUAUCUGGAGAGGAUCUUUAGGUACACUAGAGCUGGGCCAUCAGUCUAUGUCGUUGCCUAUGUUUAUAUUGACAGGUUUUGCCAGAUUCACCCCCAGUUCAGGAUCAGUGCCUCCAAUGUUCAUAGGCUUCUCAUCACAACUAUCAUGGUGGCUUCCAAGUAUGUGGAAGACAUGAAUUAUAGGAAUUCUUACUUUGCAAGAGUUGGGGGAAUAACCACCAAGGAAAUGAACAGGCUGGAGCUAGAGUUUUUGUUCUUGAUGGGUUUUAAGUUGCAUGUGAAUGUGAGUGUGUUUGAGAGCUACUGUUGCCAUUUGGAGAGAGAGGUGAGUGUUGGAGGAGGCUACCAAAUAGAAAGGGCCCUCAGAUGUGCUGAAGAAAUCAAAUCCAGGCAAGGACAAGAAAGAGGAUAUGACCAAAUUGCCCAUGUCCUAUUGUAAAUUAAUCUACAACUGGGAAACAGAUCUAGAUCUUGCAGUGAAAGAGAGCCUUUUUUUUAUAACUCAGCAAGCAAAAGGAUCAUAAAUAUAUGCUCUUGGAUGUCAUUUUGUACAAAGGGAUGUACAUACAGUAUAUGUGUUUUGGGUUCCCAAUUUCGGAUUGUAGCUUCACUGAAUCCCCGCAGAAUUGUAUAAACUUUUUCUCACCUUUCUGUGUCCUUGUCUGGGCAAUGAAUGUUACAGAUCUGUUGUCACUCCAAUGAAAUGUUAUAUUAAGGGGUAAUCUAGACACAGUGAGUUGCACUAAAAAAUCUUGAAAACACAGGCAUUUUAGAGGUGAAGAUUCAAACUCAAAGCAUCCCAAGAAACAUAAAAGAAGGAUUCACACAGACUUGCAAUUCAAAGCCCAGUGAGAAAGAUGCCCUUGUAAAGCUAGUACAAGAGGCUAGGUUAUGUACCAAACAAAUGAGAG